AUGGCUCAGUUAAUAGAAGAACCAACCAGGGUUGCGAGAACAUCUGCUACUAUAAUUGACCUUAUUCUGACAAAUGUUCCUGAAAAAAUUUCUCAUGCUGGCGUCUUUCACGUUGGUAUAUCAGAUCAUAGCCUAAUAUAUGCAGUUCGCAAAUUCAAACCGCUUAAACGAAGGCCGACUAUUAAAAAAGUUCGUAAUUUUAAACACUUUUCUGAAACAGAAUUUAUAUCCGACCUAACCAAUAUUCCUUGGCAAACUGUUUUCACAACAAGUGAUCCAAACUUGAGUUGGAAUAAGUGGAAGGAACUUUUUAUCGGAACACUAGAUAAACAUGUUCCUGUUAGACAUAUAAGAUCAGGGAAACACACCACUCCGUGGAUGACAGCGGAAAUAAGGUCAGCUAUGAGAAGAAGAGACUACCAUAAGAAAAAGGCCAUAAAAUUGAAAUCUGAUUCACAUUGGCAUAAUUAUAAGAGUCUGCGUAAUAAAGUUAAUAAACUAAUACAUGUGACAAAAUCUACUUUCUAUAUCAACAAAAUAUCUGAAUGUGCAGAAACUAAGGAUUUAAAAAAAUGCUGGUCUACAAUAAAUUCCCUGCUAGGGAAACAAAAUAAAUCCAAUUAUAUUAGUGAGCUCAAAGUUGGUGAAAAUGUCAUCACAGCUGACCCUAAUCUCAUUGCGGAGCAUUUUAAUACACACUUCAUCAACAUUGGAGUGUACCCUGAUAAAAAUGAUACGCCAAACGAAUGUGGAGAAAAUCUUUAUUUCUCUGACACAAACAUCCAUUCCCAAACUAAUAAUAAAUUUAAUUUUUCUCUCAUUAAGGUUGAUAGUGUCCUCUGUAAUUUGAAACACCUUAAAGCAAAUAAAUCCACUGGCCUAGAUGCCAUCCCAGCGAAAAUACUCAAACUAGCUGCCCAUAUUAUUGCCCCUUCCUUAACGUAUAUUUUUAAUUUAUCUCUUCAAAGCGGUAUUUAUGUUAACGAUUGGAAACGAGCUCGAGUAAUUCCUAUCUUCAAAUCUGAAGAUAAAAGUAAAUGUGAAAAUUAUAGACCCAUUUCUAUUUUGUCAAUUGUAAGUAAAGUCUUUGAAAAAGAAGUGUUUAGGCAAGUGUAUACGUACGUGAAUGAAAGUAAUCUUCUCUCAAAGUAUCAAUCUGGCUUUCGGCCACAACACUCAACCUUAUCAGCCCUCAUUAAAAUAUGUGACGAAAUCUUAAAUAACAUGGACGAGGGAAAAAUAAACUGUAUAGUAUUUUUAGACAUACGGAAAGCUUUUGAUUCAAUAAAUCACAAUAUUUUAUUAAGUAAAAUAAGAUCCAACUUUGGCAUUAGCGGUAAUGAAUUACUCUGGUUUGAAUCAUACCUAACGAAUAGGGAACAACAAUGCGUAGCUAAUGGGAUACUAUCCUCCGUUGGAAAAUUAAAAUGUGGGGUCCCCCAGGGGUCGAUCCUGGGGCCGUUGUUAUUUUUGCACUACAUCAAUGACCUACCAUAA